AUGGUUCAACCUCGAAUCAGAUCGCUCAACCCUGGCUUAAAACCGCACCCCCAAAAACAGCAACUCCGAUGCGCGGAACGUGAGGCCUACCGCCUGUUUGUCACCGCCUGCCCUCGCACAACCAUAGUAGCUGCCAGCUGUGCAGGUCAGGCAGGAGUUUUUCCAGAGGACAGUGUGAUCAGUGCAUCUGAGCUUAUCAAACUAUGGGUUGCAGAAGGAUUUCUUCGGCCAAUUGAUGGGAAAAGCUUGGAUGAAGUUGCAAAAGAGUACUUGAAAGAACUUGUUGAGAGGAAUCUUAUUUUAGUUCACAAGUGGGGCUCUAGUGGAAAGAUAAAAUCUUGCAAAAUUCACGAUCUCCUGAGGGAUAUUUGUUUGAGAGAAGCUGUUAAACAAAAGUUUGUUGGUGUUGUAAGGAAGAGGAAUCCCAAUGCCAGAAUUACCCAAUGCCGCAUUCUUGUUCAUCGUCGACACAGAUCAAAAGAUAGCUUUCUCUCCAAUGCCUCCAAUAUGUCACCUGAUGAGCUCUCUUUUAUAUUGGAUUUUUAUGGUGAUCUUUCUUAUAAUUACAAUCUUUAUCCAUUUCUAGAUGCUUCCAAGUUUGUGGAACCUGCUCGUUCUUUGAUAUGGGAUUCUUUUGGGCAUCGUUCUUAUACUUCUUCAAAAGGGGAGCUUGAGGGAUAUUUUGAAGGACUUUCAGAGUCACUCAAUCUCAGACUGUUGAGGGUGUUUAAAAUAUUUGGUCUUAAACAUAGAUAUUCAUCUUCUACGGAUGAAAUGAAAUGCGCAUAUUUCCAAGAUAGUGUAUCUAAGCUGCUGAACUUGAGGUACAUUUCUUACCCACAGACAGGGCACACUUUUUCCCCUUCAAUGUGCCGCCUCUGGAAUUUGCAUACAUUGACUGCUAGGCAUACCACAGCGGUUGCUCCGCCUGAAAUAUGGAAAAUGCCUCUACUUAGGCAUGUGGAAUUCUACAGCAUCUCUCUCCCAGAUCCUCCCGUUGAUGGUUUUGUUUUGGAGAGCCUACAGACUCUCUGUACAGUCACUAUUUGGGACUGCCGCAAAAAGGUGUUAAAAAGAAUCCCCAAUAUAAAGAAACUCAAGAUUCAUCAGGGGGAACUGGAGAGUUGGUCUGUAAUUUAUCUCAAAAAUCUUGCCUGUUUGCAUAAACUUGAAUCUCUUGAAAUCACUUCAUUUGGUGGUUUUUUUCAGCACUCAACUCCAUUGGAGUUUUGGAGCAACCUCGCCCUCCCACAUUCUCUUAAGAAGUUGACUUUGUUGGGCACUCAAAUCCGUUGGGAAGACAUGCCAGCAACGAUAGGCUGGCUACCCCAUCUCCAAGUUCUCAAACUGAAACGAGAUUCUUUCAUUGGAUCUGAAUGGGAAACAGUUGAAAUGCAGUUCUGCAAACUCAAAUACUUGCAGAUUGACGGUUGUGACUUGGUGCACUGGACAACAGAAAGCACCCACUUUCCAUGCCUUGAGCACCUUCAACUUGAACAUUUGAUAUUGAAGGAGAUCCCUUUAUCUAUUGGUGAAAUACCAACGCUUCAGUCAAUCAAGUUGGUUGAUUGCAGCACUUCUGCUGUCGCCUCUGCUACAAAAAUACGAGAAGAUCAACAAGAGAACUAUGGGAAUGAUGACCUUCAAAUUCAGGUAGAAGAUCAACAAGAGUACUAUGGGAAUGGUGGCCUUCAAAUUCAGGUAGAAGAUCAAAUAGACGAACCAUGAUGGAUGACCUUCUAGUUCUCUGGCGCAUAGUAUCACAUCUCGAGAACCCCAAUCAUAGAUAGGUCUAUUUAUUGUUAAGCCAUUAUAAUUCAACCGUGUAAAAUAGCACCACUCACCUUCAUUGAAAAAAAACUUGAUAUUUCUAGGUGGCUCCAA